GACACAUGUUCUCGGACUACAAAGAGCACGAGCAGAAGAGGGGGACGGCAACAAGGAGGAAGAGAGGAGAGACUGAGAGGGACAGACAGAGUGAAAAAGUAGUCCAAAGGCAAAGAUCUGAACGCUGUUUUAGUUGACAUCUCUGAUGUUUUUUUGCUGUUGAGUUUGUGUACUGUGUUUGUCUGAGGAGUUGCAUCAGGUCUUGUGUCUUGUCGUGUGGGGAAAGUGGUUUAGGAGUCCCUGUGUUCUUCUGAAAUAGGUUUAAAGCUCUGUGUGUGUGUGUGUGUGUAUGUGUGUGUUUGUGGUUGAUGUGAGUGUUUGCGAGUGUGUUUUGGUAGCUGUGAGUGUUUGCGAAAGUGUGUGUCUGUGUGUGGGGCUGGGUAUGACUGUGGGGGUAUGGACGUCUGUGUGCUGUCUGAUGUAGGGGCAAAGGCAGCUGUUUCUACUGGCAUUCUGUGCAGGCACUAUCAGGUAUAGUGUGAGCUGGGUCUUCCUAUACUCUUGAGCUCAUUUGAUUCAAAGUGAGUGUGUGUGUGUAUGUGUGUUUUUCUGCAUGUGCUAAAUUGUGUUGCACUGCAUUGUGUGUGAAUGCUUUGUGCAACUAGAUUGCCCUGAGUGUGUUUCUGCAGUUUGAGUGUGUGUGUGUGUUUGUGUGUGUGUGUGCGUCCUUGGGUGUGUGUGUGCAUUAGCAGUAGUAGUUUGUUUAUUUAUAGCAUAGGGAUGGCAUCCUUCCUCCUCCUCUUCCUCUCCUCGUGUCCUCUCGUCGCCAUGGCAGCCAUGGACGCUUGCUAUGACGACGAGGGCCGCCCGAGUCGCUGCAUGCCCAAGUUCGAGAACGCGGCCUUCAACCGCUCCGUCACGGCGUCCAACACCUGCGGCUCUCCGCCCGAGGACUACUGCAUGCAGACGGGCUCGACGCGCUUCUGCCACACCUGCGACCUGUCCGUCCCCGAGCGCCACCACAGCGCCGCCUACCUGACCGACUUCCACAACGGCGACGAGCCCACCUGGUGGCAGAGCCAGUCCAUGUUCUACGGAGUCCAGCACCCAAACUCCAUCAACCUCACGCUGCAUCUGGGCAAGGCGUUCGAGAUCACCUACGUGCGUCUGAAGUUCUACACCAGCCGGCCGGAGAGCUUCGCCAUCUACAAGCGCUCGGAGGAGGGCGGCCCGUGGCGGCCGUACCAGUUCUACAGCGGCUCGUGCCGCAAGACGUACGGGCGCGACCCGCGCGGCUUCCUGAGGCCCGGCGCCGACGAGCGCGCGGCCCUCUGCACCGACGAGUUCAGCGACAUCUCGCCGCUCACCGGCGGCAACGUGGCCUUCUCCACGCUCGAGGGACGACCCAGCGCCUACAACUUCGACCAGAGCCCGGUGCUGCAGGACUGGGUGACGGCUACAGACCUGCUGAUAUCUCUGGACAGGCUCAACACGUUUGGAGACGAGUUCUUUAAGGAUGCAAAAGUGCUUCGCUCUUAUUUCUACGCCAUCUCUGAUUUCACCGUGGGUGGCAGGUGCAAGUGUAACGGGCAUUCCAGUGAGUGUGUGACAGGUGACACGGGCAAGCUGGAGUGUGUGUGCGAGCACAACACCGCAGGAGUGGACUGCCAGCUGUGUGCCCCUUUCUAUCAGGACCGGCCUUGGGCCCGCGCCACCGGCGAAUCCGCUAACGAGUGUGUGAAGUGUAACUGCAGUGGCCGCGCGGACACGUGUGUGUUUGACGCGGAGCAGUACCGCAGCACAGGCAGCGGGGGGCGCUGUUUAGGCUGCAGAGACCACACCGAUGGGCCUCAUUGUGAGACAUGCCAGCAGAACUUCUACAGACACUCACCACUGGAGCCAUGCACAAACUGCAGCUGCAAUGCCAUGGGCUCUGUCAGUCUGCAGUGUGACACACAGGGUGUGUGUGUGUGUCGUGAGCAUGUGAGGGGGCUGAAGUGUGACGCAUGUGAGCCUGGGUUCCACUCCCUCAGCCCAGCUGGAUGCAGGGGUUGUCAGUGUGAUGUAAGGGGCAGUGUGGGAGUGUGCUCUGCUGACGAUGGCCGCUGCCACUGCAAGACCAACGCAGAGGGACACAACUGUGACAGGUGUCGACCUGGCACAUAUAAUCUGCAGGAAGAGGACCCUGAAGGUUGCCAGCCCUGUUUCUGCUUUGGCCACUCCCUUGUCUGUUCGUCCUCCAAUCAGCACGCUCCAAUCAACAUCACCUCUAACUUCCUGGAUGACGCUGAGGGCUGGACAGGUCGUUUCUCAGACGACCAGGACUCUGCCCUGCUGUGGAAAGAGGGUGAGGUCUACCUGCUCCCCUACAGCGACCACGACAUGGGCUACUACUCCGCACCAGCUACGUUUCUGGGGAACCGGUUGCUAAGUUACGGGCAGACCCUCUGGAUCCGUUUCCUGUCGGAGAUUCCGGCACUCCUGCCCCAGAGCGUCUCCGUGGUGAUGGAGGGUUCCGGAAUGGUGCUGUCUGCCCAACUCUCUCCCCAGACUGACCGGCUAGCCCAAGGCCACAGCGAAGCAGUCUUCAGUCUCAGCUUCGCCUCGGAGGAUGGCUAA